GUGGGCUCCGAGUCAACAGGCACGACAGUGAGCACCGGGUCAUCAGGUACCGGAUUGUCUGGCUCGACAGCGGGCACCGCGUCAUCUGGCAAGGCAGUGGGCUCCGAGUCAACUGGUAUGACCGCGGGCACUGGGUCAGACAUUGGAUCGUCUGGCUGGACAGCGGGGACUGGGUCACCAGGCAUCAGGUCAUUUGGCUUGACAGCGGGCACCGCGUCAUCUGGCAAGGCAGUGGGCUCCGAGUCAACAGGCACGACAGUGAGCACCGGGUCAUCAGGUACCGGAUUGUCUGGCUCGACAGCGGGCAUCGGGUCACCAGGCAUCAGGUCAUUUGGCUCGACAGCGGGCACCGGAUCAGGUACCGGAUCAUCUGGAUCAACAGCGGGCAUCGAGUCAACUGGCCUAAUAGGAUCGUCAGGCUGGAUCAGUUCAUCAUGCUGGGUAGAGGCAUCAGGCCGAGUAGAGGCAUCAGGCCGAGUAGAGGCUUCAGGCCGAGUAGAGGCUUCA